AUGCUUCUAACGAUUUCCUAUCGAUAUUUAUUUUCACAGUCAUCUAUUCUCACUGAAUAUUCUAUUAAAUUAUCAUCAACAUCAAGUCAUAGUAAUAAUAAACGACAUCGAACAUCGUCAUCUCUACCUUAUCAUCAUCAUCCUCAUUCUCAUCCUCAUCAUCAUCGACUAAAUUCUAAUAAAACUAAUAAUCAAACAAAUACAUUACGUCGACUUUUUCAACCAAUUGAUGUUAAACCAAUGACUGCCGUCAAUAAACUUGAUCCGACAUCAUCACAAAAUGCAGAUACAAACAUUGGCCAAGAAUUAACCGGUGGUAAAACACUUGAACGAAAUGCACUUCUUCGUAUCAUAACAGAUUUUUAUCGUCGGGAUGAAAUAAAAACAUUAGCUGCUGAUCAAGGUCUUGAUAAUCGUCUUUUUCAAGAUGCUUAUGUUAGUUUUCGAAAAUUUUGUAUUCAAUCAACAGUUUUACCUGUUGAUUUACAUAUUGUAUUCAGUGAUAUUAUAUCCGAAUCUGGUCAUGUAACAGAUAUAUUUCCUUAUUUUUUACGUCAUGCACGAGAAAUGUUUCCACAUUUAACAUGUAUGGAAGAUUUGAAAAAGAUUAGUGAUCUUCGAGAUCCUGCUAAUUGGUAUCCAGAUGCACGAGCUAUACAAAGAAAAAUAAUAUUUCAUGCUGGUCCAACAAAUAGUGGAAAAACAUAUCAUGCACUUCAACGUUACAUGAAUAGUGAAAGUGGAGUUUAUUGUGGACCGUUAAAAUUAUUAGCAUCUGAAGUUUUUUAUAAGACUAAUGCUGCAGGCACAAAAUGUGAUUUAGUUACUGGUGAAGAACGUCGAUUUGCUGAUCCUGAAGGAAAACCAGCUAAUCAUGUAGCAUGUACAGUUGAAAUGACGAAUUUAACUACAGUUUAUGAGGUAGCUAUUAUUGAUGAAAUUCAAAUGAUGCGUGAUCCACAACGUGGUUGGGCAUGGACACGAGCUUUACUUGGUCUACAAGCAAAAGAAAUUCAUUUAUGUGGUGAAAAAUCUACAGUACGACUUGUAGAGGAUUUAAUGGUCACAACAGGUGAUCAAGUAGAAAUUAGAGAAUAUAAACGGUUAACUAAAUUAAAUUAUCAAGAUCGAGCAUUAGAAACAUUCGAUAAUGUCAAAGCAGGCGAUUGUUUUGUAUGCUUCAGUAAAAAUGAUAUAUUUCAUAUAACACGUGAAUUAGAACGACGUGGUCAUGAAGUAGCUGUUAUUUAUGGAUCAUUACCACCAGGUACGAAAUUAUUACAAGCUCAACGUUUUAAUGAUCCAAAUGAUCCAUGUAAAAUAAUGGUUGCCACAGAUGCUAUUGGCAUGGGUUUAAAUUUGAGUAUUAAACGUAUUAUUUUCUAUAGUCUUGUAAAACCACAAUUAAAUGAACAAGGAGAAAAAGAAAAAGAUACCGUUACAACAUCACAAGCUUUACAAAUUGCUGGUAGAGCUGGAAGAUUUGCAAGUGCUUUUCCAGAUGGUGAAGUAACAACAUUUCGACGUGAUGAUCUACCAUUAUUGAAAGACAUUGUUAGUCGACAAGUAGAAACAAUCAAACGUGCUGGACUUCAUCCAACAGCUGAACAAAUUGAAAUGUUUGCUUAUCAUUUACCUAAACAUUCGCUUUCAAGUUUAAUUGAUAUAUUUGUAGUUUUAUCACAAUUAGACGAUAGUCUAUUUUUUAUGUGCAAUGUUGAAGAUGUUAAAUUUCUUGCUGAUAUUAUUGAACAUGUACCAUUACCACUUCGUGCUCGUUAUACAUUUUCAUGUGCUCCGAUUAAUAAAAAAAUGCCAUUUGUUUGUACGAUAUUUUUGAAAUAUGCACGUCAAUUUAGUCGCAGUGAACCAACAACAUUUGAUUGGCUUGCUAAACAAAUAGGUUGGCCAUUUGAAAUACCAAAUACAAUUAUGGAUUUAGUACAUUUGGAAGAAGUUUUCGAUUGUCUAGAUCUUUAUUUAUGGCUCAGUUUUCGUUUUGCUGAUAUGUUUCCUGAUAAAGAAUUAAUUCGUGGUAUUCAAGCUGAACUUGAUCAAAUAAUUCAUUCUGGUGUACAAAAUAUUGUUAAACUUAUACAUCGAACAAAUCGUCUUGAAGAUGCAAAAGAUGUUGCUGUAACAACAUUAAAUACAGAAAAAACAGCUGAAGCUGUUGCAGUUGUAACUGAAGAUAUUAAAUCAAUAAAUAAAUCUUCAUCUAAUGCAACACCAAUACGAGCGAUUAUUGGAUUAGAAGAAGAAUUAGAUACAUCUGUUCAAGAUAAUAAAGUUGAAAAACAACAAGACGAAGAAAAACUUUCCACAUCAUUGACGGUGAAUACACAUAAAGUUCUGCAUUCAUAUUUAAAUGCAUUAAAAACACAAGCAGAAACACGUGGACAUGAAUUUAAUGAAACUGAAGAUUUGAUUAAGCAGUUGAUAUCAAAGGGUUUACUUAGUCAACGUUCUGUGGAUAAACUUGAAAAACAAUUGGCAACAUUUAAUUAUAAUGAGAAAAACGUUAGUAAAAAAAAAGACGCAAAUAAAACACUUUCCUUUAAUACCAAUAAUAAGAAAAGCAAAAAGAAAUAG